AUGCGUUUUUUCACCAGUGUCGCCGCCGCCUGUGGCACUCUCGCCAUAGCCUCCCCUGUCGCCAGGGACUUUUCUGAAGAGAUCUCGGUGACCGAUUUUUAUGUGCAUGAGGCCCUGAUCAACGGUACCACGGAAGCGACUGUGGAUGGCGUCUCAUUCUUGCUCAGUGGCGAGAAUGCUACGAACCUCGAAUGCUCCGCACAGACUGGCAUUCCUUCUGAAGUUUUUACCUGUGGAGACUCCAAGUACAGGUUUGCCUUGUAUCCGGGCGAAAGCAGUUCCAGCGGGUUCACGCUACGUCUGUAUCACGAACUUGGUCUCGCUGUUGGCUAUUAUGGUGCUGGGGAAGUUCCGACUUACUGCCGCGCCGGUGGUGGCCCAACUUUGGUCUGCGGUCAAACUGUGACUCCCGUCACCAUUACAAUCGAUAGUCUCCCAGACACUGCUUAG